AUGGCGGAAGGAAGCUUUUGGCCAGCGAUGGAUCUGUUGCGGUCGGAGCCAAUGCAGUUGGUUCAGCUCAUCAUUCCGACUGAGUCGGCUCACCGCACUAUCUCGUAUCUCGGCGACCUCGGCCUCUUCCAAUUCAAAGACCUCAAUCCGGAAAAGAGUCCAUUUCAGAGAACAUAUGCUGGUCAAAUCAAAAGAUGUGCAGAAAUGGCACGCAAGCUACGUUUCUUCAAGGAUCAGAUGAAAAAGGCUGGCUUGUCACCAUCAACGAGGAAUAUAAGCACUGACGAUGAUUUAGACAAUUUGGAGGUGAAACUAGGAGAACUAGAAUCUGAGUUAAUGGAAAUCAAUGCCAAUGAUGAGAAGCUGCGGCAUACUUACAGUGAACUGUUAGAGUACAAGCUUGUUCUGCAGAAGGCUGGCGAAUUUUUUAAUUCAGCUCAAAGCACUGCUGCGGCUCAUCAGAGAGAGUUUGAAGCACAAAAUGGUGGAGAAGGGUCAAUGGACAGUCCAUUGCUAUUGGAGCAGGAAAUGACAACAGAUCCAUCAAAGCAUGUUAAGUUGGGGUUUGUUAGCGGCCUUGUUCCUAGAGAUAAAGCUAUGGCUUUUGAGAGGAUUCUGUUCCGUGCAACCAGGGGCAACGUGUUUCUGAAACAAUCUGUGGUUGAAAAUCCAGUCAUUGAUCCAGGGUCAGGAGAGCAGGUGGAGAAAAAUGUAUUCAUAGUUUUCUAUUCUGGUGAGCGAGCCAAAACCAAAAUUCUGAAAAUUUGUGAAGCUUAUGGAGCAAACCGCUAUCCAUUUACAGAGGACCUUGGCAAACAGUUUCAGAUGAUUACAGAGGUCUCUGGAAGACUUGCAGAACUCAAGACUACAAUAGAUGUUGGAAAGGCACACCAGAGCAAUCUAUUACAGAGAAUUGGCUUUCAGAUUGAGCAAUGGACUGUCCUGGUAAAGAAGGAAAAAUCUGUCUAUCACACUUUAAAUAUGUUGAGUAUAGACGUGACAAAAAAGUGCCUUGUUGCUGAAGGUUGGUGCCCUGUUUAUGGAACCCACCAGAUCCAGGACACUCUGCAGCGGGCAAGACUGGACAGCAGCUCACAAGUAGGAGCCAUUUUCCAAGUUUUGCAGACAAAGGAGCUACCACCUACCUAUUUCCGUACCAAUAAAUUUACUUCAGCAUAUCAAGAGAUCGUUGAUGCGUAUGGGGUUGCAAAGUAUCGUGAAGCAAAUCCUGGUGUUUUUACAAUCGUGACAUUCCCAUUCCUUUUUGCUGUGAUGUUUGGUGACUGGGGUCACGGUAUUUGCUUAAUGCUGGCCACCUUAUAUUUAAUUGCAAUGGAAAAGAAGUAUUCUACCCAGAAGCUUGGCGACAUCCUGGAAAUGACAUUCGGCGGGCGUUAUGUUAUCUUGAUGAUGUCAAUCUUCUCAAUAUACACAGGAUUCAUAUACAACGAAUUCUUUUCUGUCCCUUUUGAACUCUUUGGUCCAUCUGCCUACUCUUGCCGUGACUUAUCUUGCAAGGAUGCAUAUACUUCCGGUCUAGUUAAGGUUCGUGACACUUAUCCAUUCGGUGUGGAUCCUAAGUGGCACGGGACUCGUAGCGAGUUGCCUUUCCUCAACUCAAUGAAAAUGAAGAUGUCGAUUCUAUUGGGAGUAGCACAGAUGAAUCUUGGAAUAAUGCUGAGCUACUUCAAUGCAAAGUUCUUUUCCAAUAACCUCAAUGUCCGGUACCAAUUUGUACCCCAGAUGAUUUUCUUAAACAGCUUAUUUGGCUACCUCUCACUCCUCAUAAUCGUGAAAUGGAGCACCGGCUCACAAGCGGAUCUGUACCAUGUGAUGAUAUACAUGUUCCUCAGUCCUGCUGAAGAUCUAGGAGACAAUCAGCUCUUUUUCGGCCAGAAAUAUCUUCAGAUGCUGCUGCUUGUAUUGGCCCUUGUUGCCGUACCAUGGAUGUUGUUCCCUAAGCCUUUCCUGUUGAAGAAGCAACACGAGGAAAGGCUUCAAGGCCAGUCCUACACCCUACUUGAUAAUGCGGAAGGCAACCUUGAAGUUGAAUCUGAGCCUCCUACCCCCCAUGGCCAUGAAGAGUUCGAGUUCAGCGAGGUCUUCGUCCAUCAGCUGAUACACACCAUAGAGUUUGUGCUCGGAUCAGUAUCUAACACAGCAUCGUACCUGCGUCUCUGGGCUCUCAGUCUAGCCCACUCAGAGCUUUCCAGUGUCUUCUAUGACAAGGUUCUGCUUCUUGCAUGGGGGUUCAACAAUACGGUCAUUCUUAUCAUCGGCAUUGUUGUGUUUGUUUGUGCCACUGUGGGUGUGCUUCUCAUAAUGGAAACCCUAAGUGCAUUCCUCCAUGCGCUGCGGCUUCAUUGGGUUGAAUUCCAGAACAAGUUCUAUGAGGGAGAUGGAUACAAGUUUUCUCCCUUCUCAUUCACUCUCCUGCUCAGCGAAGAAGACGAAGCAGCAUGA